CAUGGUCCAGGUUGACAUAACAAAAAUAAAUAAAUAAAUUGGAUAACUUGUUAAUUGUCAUUAGAAUAAAAUUAUAAAUAAUUUUUGAAAUAAUGGAUAUCAAUGUGCUCAUUGGCAUUGCCAUUGGUAUCAUUGGAUUGAUAAUAUUUGUUACAAUUUAUUCACGUAAAAAAACAGAAAAAAAUGAUAAUCAGGAUGUUGGAGGAGCUCGUGGUCAACCUGUUAGACGUGCAGCUGGAGUGAGAAAUGCAAGACGUCGUAUGCAAGUUCGUGAAAAUGUUGAUGAUAAUUCUGAUAAUGAAAAUGAUGAAAUUGAGGAUAAAAUUGAAUUACCAGAUGGUAAAUUAGGAGCUAAAAAACGUGCAAAACUUGAAGCUAAAGCUGAAAAAAAACAACAACGUGAAGCACUUGAAAAAGAACGUGAAGAAAAAAAAAAAAAAGAUAAAUUACUCCAAGAAGAAGCUGAUAAAUUACGUGAAAAAGAAAAACUUGAUGAAUUAAAAAAAGAAGAAGAAGAACGUAAAUUACGUGAAGAAAAAGAAAAACGUGAUUAUGAAGAAUAUUUAAAAAUGAAAGAAGCAUUUAGUGUUGAAGAGGAAGGUUUUGAUGAAGAAAUUCAAGAUGAAAAAAAUUUAUUAAAUGAAUUUUUAGAAUAUAUCAAGUACAAUAAAGUUGUUGUACUUGAAGAUUUAGCUGGACAUUUUCAUAUUAAAACAACAAGUGUCAUUGAAAGAAUUAAUUCAUUACAAGCUGAUGGUUAUUUAACUGGUGUUAUUGAUGAUCGUGGUAAAUUUAUUUACAUAUCACAAGAUGAACUUGAAGCUGUUGCUAAAUUUGUCAAACAAAGAGGAAGAGUCAGCAUCUCUGAACUUGCUGAAAGCUCAAAUAAACUUAUUAAUUUAAUUCCUGGACAUGGAAAAAAUAUUGUUGAAGCAAAUUAAUUAUUUAUUUAUUGUUUAAUUAUUUAUCUGCUCACAAUAUUAUAUAUAUUUUUUUUUUAAUUUUGCAGUAAUUUUUCGUUAAAGAAAAAAAACAAACAAAAUACAAAAAAAAAAAAAAAAAAAAAACUAUUUUUAUUGAAAAAAAUACUGAAAAUAUUUAUUUUUUAUUUCAAUUUUAAUUUUAAUAUAAUAAACAAUUGUUGAUUAAAUUAAUUU